AUGUGUCGUCCGAAGUCUCCGGAGGGUUCUAAUCCUGAGGAAGACGCCAGGGUCCAAGACAGGCAGGCCGCGUUUCUUCGCAAGAAUAAUUUUCGGAGGAUUGGACGCACUCGCUUCUUUGGGUAUUCUCCAAACCCCGAGCAUCCUUCACGUCUCCUUCCAGCCGAAGCUGACGCAGACAGGUCGGAAAACGAAUUUGUUCCAACCAAACCUGCGCCUGCCGAUAGGGAUGACUUUAUGAGGACCUACCCGCUCCACUUUGCCAUCAUCAAUCUCCCCAAGCAAAACGUCGCUUCCGUCAUCGAGGCAUAUCACACUCAGGAUCCAUCCACAGUCCACAAGCAGGAUCAUAACGGGUUCACUCCCCUGUACGUUGCAGCAGCCUAUGCGAACGCAUCUGCUUUGAAAGCCUUGCUUAAAUUUGGAGCGGCGUCGGAUUUGAACAAGCAUGUCAAUAAGGACGGGAUGAUCCCACUUGAGAGGAUAGAGGAUACUAUGCGCUCUACGCGCGAGCUCGCCGAGCUGCUCAUGCACAAGUGGGAAGGGUACUCGAGGAACGAACUCAAGGUCCAACUUAUUUUGAAACGUGAGAUGGGGAUAUCGGUCCACGGUCAGACGGAUGAGGAGUAUCUUGAGAACAGAAAGUGGGGUUGUACCUGUGGAGAAUGUGAUGAGGGCUGGUUGUCUCCGCGCAUGCGUUUCCGCCUUGAAACUGAAGCGGCCUUAUCCAAGGAAAACAUGACCGUGUUGGCUCCCCAGUUUCAGCGUGGCCAGCCACUGCCUGAAAUCCCUGGGCUUGCUCACCAAUUCGAUUACCUCCCCCCUAACCUUCGCACAAAAGUCUACAAGACUUUCUACAACGGCUAUGUGACGAUAUUUGAAAACUUAUACGUUCUCCUCGACCAGACCGAGGGAGUACCAAGCGUCCCUCGUCUUAGGACUCUCUGCAAGGGCGACAGAGACGUCAAUUUCUACUUGAAAAAAGGCGGGAAAUUCGAGUACGCGCUCGAGUCCAUGGUCGAAGGCGCGAAGAGUCAGUCAUGCCUCGGCGAUAGUAUGUUCGAGGAAAUAUGGGAAUCCGAGAACGACACUGACGAUGAAUACCGUAAGCUCCCGCGGUGCGCGAACGACUUAGAGUUCGACUUCGUGAAACGGAUGAUUGGAGUUCCACCGAAAGGCCCUGUGCUACCACCGGAAAUGCUGUCAUCAGCAGUUGACUCGGAACGGGGGCCCACCAGCUUGACGUUGAAGAUGCUUGUGAAUAUGAUGAGUGGGGUGUAUGAAGACGAGGACUCGGAGGACGAAGAAGAAGAAGAGAACUAUUCCGACCUCCUCAAUCCACAUUAUGAAGAGGCGGCGGCGGGGAGGAGGCAAGCGCGUUUGGACGCUCGACGCGCUGCGGCUGCGAAAGCCCCUGAGAAAAGGCAAGCUGAAGCCAGUAGCGCUGGUCCUGACCUUGCGUUCCAGAAACUACUCAGUUUCUUACCUCAAGGUGGGGUGCGAGCCCCUAUUAAUUAG